GAUAUCUAGUCAUUUUCUGUUGAUUUGGGGGGAAAAAAAUGUUCCCAUUGAAAAUGAAUGGGAAAAAAUUUGGACGUCCAUGGACGUCAAUGGUAUCAACUUACAUAGGAUUCAAUGGAAUCCAAGUACAUUGGCGUCAAUAAAAUGUAAAAACAUGCUGAAAUGCCAUUAGAAAAUGAAUGGGAAAUUUGGAUGUCCAUGGCCGUCAAUGGCGCCAGCCUUCAUAAGCGUCAAUGGAAUUGGGGAAGUUUGGGGGACACGUCCUAUUGAUAUCUGGUCAUUUUCUGUUGAUUGUGGGAAAAAAAAACAUUUCCCAUUGAAAAUGAAUGGGAAAAAAUUUGGACGUCCAUGGACGUCAAUGGCAGCACCCCCUAUAAGCGUCAAUGGAGUCAGGGAUGUUUGGGGACAGGUCCUAUUGAUAUCUGGUCAUUAUCUGUUGAUUUGGGGAAAUUUAGUUUUUUCCCCAUUGAAAAUGAAUGGGAAACAUUUUGGACGUCCAUGGCCGUCAAUGGCAUCGACAUCCAAAAAGUCAAUUGAAUCCAAGUACAUUGGCAUCAAUAGAUUCGACAUGCAUGGCCGUCAAUGGCAUCAAUGCAAUGUAAAAAAUUCAAUUGGAAAUCCCAUUGUAAGUGAAUGGGAAAUGUUCUCAUUAGAAAUGAAUGGGACAGUUUUUGAAAAAUUUCCGGGGGACCGUAAUUUUUAUCAAAAUUCUGUAUACAACUUUUAUGCCUCUCACCGUCACGGAAUUUUUGAUGCCCAAAUUAUGUGAUUUGGUCAAAAAUUGAAGGACUAGAUACAUUUUUAAACUCUUCUUUGUUUCCCAUUAAAAAUGAAUGGGCUAGUUUUUGGCAAAUUGCCCGGAAACCUUACAUUUUAUCCAAAAAAAUUUCGCCAUCCCGGAAUUUUUGACGCCCAUCUUGUGUGUUUUCGUCAAAAAUUGACGGACUAGUAACAGUUUGAAACUUGUCUUUUUUCCCCAUUAAAAAUGAAUAGGCAGGUUUUUGGCAAAUUUCCGGGGAACCGUAUAUUUUUUUCCAAAUUGUGUUAAUAACCUUUUUUCCCCUCCCCGUCCUGGAAUUUUUGAUGCCCAGAUUGUGUGAUUUGGUGAAAAAUUGUAGGACUAGAAACUUUGAAACUUUUUUUUUUUCUCAUUAAAAAUGAAUGGGCAAGUUUUUGUCAAAUUUCUGGGGAACCGUAAAUUUUUUCCAAAUUGUGUUAAUAACUUUUAUGCCCCUCACCGUCCCGGAAUUUUUUAUACCUAAAUUAUGUGAUUUGGUAAAAAAUUGUAGGACUAGAUACAUUUUGAAAAUUGCUUUUUUUUUUCGGAAAAUUGCCGUUUACGGGCAAACGGAAAAUUUUUCGGGGACUUUUGAAAAAGUCCCUGCGUCGCGCGAAAAUUCCGGACGUGUCGAUACUUGAAUGGUGCCGAUCGGUCAAGCGAUUCGGGCUGCGCGGCUGGACGAAGGAUUCCCAUUCAAAAAAAAAACCCAGAAUAACAUAUAGGAGGAGGCUGGAGAAUCUCACUACCUGAUCUUUCCAAAGGAAAGGCCAGGUAAUUACACGACUCUGUUUUCAGUGAAGCACUGCUCCGGAAGUACUCUCUCUCUCUUGACCUAUCCGGGACUUGCCGUUCUUUCGUGUUCAUUCUUCCAACCAAACGAGCUCUUUCAAAGUAUUCUCUUCGGGCCAACACAAUAAAAAAAAAUAAAACAUCCUGCUAAAGAGUAGAGACGAGGAGUGGAAAUCCAGGCCACGACGAGCAACUGAAAAACAAAAGGAAAUGAAGUGACCAGAAGACGUUACUGUUAAAGAGCUUCACCUUCAAAAGCCCGAUCCCCUCCACGUUAAACAGGAGGAGUCGGAGAUGCCGUACAUCAAACAGGAGGAGGAGCCAGAGACCCCCAGCAUUAAAGAAGAAAAACAGGAAGAUGAAAUCCCCAAGUUUCCAAUGACUGUCAGUGUGAAGAGUGAAGAAAAUGAAGAUCCAAUCGAAGAGAUCGGAGCAGCGAAACCUACGAGUGACAGCUCAUUUCAACACCUGCCAACAAAAGGAGAUGGACGAUCGCAACCUGACGACGUCAAAGUGGAAGCUCUUCACCCGGAGAAACACGACCCCCCCCAUGUUAAACAAGAGUCCAUCAAACAGGAGGCGGAGCCAGAUAACCCCAGCUUUAAAAAAGAAAAACAGGAAGAGGAAACCUCCAAGUUUCCAAUGACUGCCGGUGUAAAAAGUGAAAAAGAUGAAUGUCCAAGCGAAGAGAGCAGAGCAACAAAACGAGCAAGCAGGAGCUUGUUUCAACACCUGACAACAAAAGUGGAAGACCUUCAUUCGGAGAAGCACGAUCCCCUCCAUGUUAAACAGGAGUCGGAGAUGCCGUCCAUCAAGCUAAAGACCUCUGACAUUAAAAAACAAGAAGAGGAAAUCUCCAAGUUUCCAAUGACUGCCGGUGUAAAAAGUGAAAAAGAUGAAGGUCCAAGCGAAGAGAGCAGUGCAACAAAACGAGCAAGCAGGAGCUUGUUUCAACACCAGAUAAAAGUGGAAGACCUUCACUCGGAGAAGCGCGAUCCCCCCCAUGUUAAACAGGAGUCAGAGAUGCCGUCCAUCAAACUUGAGCCGGAGCUAAACACCUCCGGCAUUAAACAAGAACAGGAAGAUGAAAUCCUCAAGUUUCCAGUGACUGUCCGAGUAAAGAGCGAAGAAGAUGAGGGUUCAAGCGAAGAGAGCAGAGCCACAAAACUAGCAAGCAGGAGCUUGUUUCAACACCUGACAACAAAAGUGGAAGACCUUCACUCGGAGAAGCGCGAUCCCCCCUGUGUUAAACAGGAGUCGGAGAUGCCGUCCAUCAAACUGGAGCCGGAGCUAAAGACCUCCGGCAUUAAAGAAGAACAGAAAGAUGAAAUCCUCAAGUUUCCAGUGACUGUCCGUGUAAAGAGCGAAGAAGAUGAGGGUCCAAGCGAAGAGAGCAGAGCAACAAAACUAGGAAGCAGAAGCUUGUUUCAACGCCUGACAACAAAAGUGGAAGACCUUCACUCGGAGAAGCGCGAUCCCUCCAGUGUUAAACAGAAGUCGGAGAUGCCGUCCAUCAAAUUGGAGGCUGAGCUAAAGACCUCCAGCAUUAAAGAAGAACAGGAAGAUGAAAUCCUCAAGUUUCCAGUGACUGUCCGUAUAAACAGCGAAGAAGCAACAAAACUAGCGAGCAGUAACUUGUUUCAACAAAUGACAACAAAAGGUGAGGGACGAUCGGAACCGGUCGACCUCUUGGCACCACUCUCGGACAGUGACGACAUGACGUCACACUCUUCUGACUAUAACACUGAUGAGGAGGAUGUUGACUUUGAGCAAAGUGCUUCGAAAUCCUUAAAGAAAUCCUCACUGAAAAGAAACACAAAAGACGGCGCAGGUGGGAAACCUUUUUCCUGCUCGCAUUGCGAUAAAACAUUUACUACCAAGGAAUAUUUAUUCGUACACACGCAUACGCACACUGAAGGAAAGCCUUUUCUCUGCACAUUUUGUGGUAAAAGAUUUAGCCGGAAGGCAACUUUAAAAAUUCACACAAGAACACACACCGGAGAGAAGACUUUCGUCUGCUCUCUUUGCAAUAAAAGAUUUUGUACGAAGCAUGACUUAACAAGACACACGAGAACACACACUGGAGAAAAGCCUUUUGUGUGCACAUUUUGUGGUCAAAGAUUCACCCAUAAGGGUCAUUUAAAUGUACACAAAAGAACACACACUGGAGAGAAGCCUUUCGUCUGCUCUCUUUGCGAUAAAAGAUUUUGUACGAAGCAAGUGUUAGCAACACACACGAGAACACACACUGGAGAGAAACCUUUUCUCUGUACAUUUUGUGAUGAAAGAUUUGCCCAGAAAGGGCCCCUAAUUACACACACUAGAACACACACUGGAGAAAAGCCUUUCGUCUGCUCUCUUUGCAAUAAGAGAUUUUGUACGAAGCAAGUGUUAACAACACACACGAGAACACACACUGGAGAGAAACCUUUUCGCUGUACAAUUUGUGAUGAAAGAUUCACCCAGAAGAGAUAUUUAAAGAUACACACAAGAACACACACUGGAGACGAGCCACAUGUCUGCUCUCUUUGCGACAGAAGAUUUUGCACAAAGGAAGGUUUAAAAAAACACACUCGAACACACACAGGAGAGAAGCCUUUCGUCUGCUCUCUUUGCGAUAAAGGAUUUUAUGCAAAGGAAGAUUUAACAAAACACGCGUACACACACAGGGGAAAAGCCUUUUGUCUGCACAUUUUGUGGUAAAAGAUACACUGAUAAGAGAAAUCUAAAUGCACACAAAAGAACACACACUGGAGAGAAGCCUUUUCUCUGCUCGCUUUGCGAUAGAAGAUUUUGUACAAAGCAAGGGUUAAAAAAACACACUCGAACACACACUUGAGAGAAGCCUUUUGUCUGCUCUCUUUACGAUAGAAGAUUUUGUCGGAAGCUAGAGUUGACAAGACACGCCCAUACACAGCAGGUAAAAUGUUCACAUGGAAUCGAGACUUAACUAUUACGCAAGAACAUACACCAAGGCAGGGCCGGCCCAGCCUAUACGCAGACUAUGCAGCUGCUUAGGGCCCCUGACCACUAGGGGGCCCCCAAUCUGGCAAUUGUUUAAUUUAUAUUCUAUUUUGUUUACUACAGUUUGCUUUAUUUGACUUUUGUGA